AUGGCCUCCCUCCCAAGCACCAUGAAGGGCGUGAUAAUCGAAAAGACAGGAGGAACAGAAGUCCUACAACAUAAGACAGACCUGCCGAUCCCUCAACCGAAAGAGGGCCAGAUCCUCGUCAAGAACGAUUACAUCGGAAUCAAUUUCAUCGAUACGUACUUCCGAACCGGACUCUAUCCGGCGCCUUCUUUCCCUUAUAUCUUGGGAAGAGAAGCAGAGGGAACUGUGGUCAAGACUGGCUCGGGAGAGACGUAUGGGUUGAAGGAGGGCGAUAAGGUCGUGUGGAUGGCAGAGGGUGCCUAUGCGGAGUAUACUGCUGCACCGGCUGCGAAGGCUGUGAAAGUGCCCUCGGAAAUGGACCCUAGGAUUGGCGCUGCUGCUUUGCUGCAAGGUCUCACGGCAUUGACGCUGGUCCGCGAGGCUCAUCCGGUGAAGAAGGGCGAUUGGGUUCUGGUACAUGCUGCGGCGGGAGGAACAGGUCAAUGGCUCUGCAAAUUGUUGAAAGCAAUUGGAGCGAAUACGAUUGGCACUGCUUCGACGCCGGAGAAGAUUGAAAUCGCGAAGAAAGCGGGCGCUACGCAUUUGAUCAACUAUUCGAAGGAGGAUGUGAAGAGCAAGGUCAUGGAGCUUACCAGCAACAAUGGCGUUAUUGCGGUUUUUGAUGGAGUCGGAGCUUCGACAUUCGACCUCUCGCUGGACUGCCUGGCGCGGAAAGGUACCAUGGCCUCUUUCGGAAAUGCAUCCGGCGCCGUGCCUCCUGUCACCAUCUCCAGGCUGAGUGCGAAGAAUGUGAGGCUCAUGAGGCCUACUCUUUUCAACUACAUCGUCACGAGGGAGGAGUAUGAACAUUACGUCAACGAGCUCUUUAAUGUCAUUCUAAAGGACAAGCUGGAGGUGCCAGUCCACGAGAUAUACCCUCUGAGCGAAGUCGCUCGAUCGCAUAACGAUCUUGAAGGCAGAAAGACCACAGGUAAAUUGCUCUUGGACCCCAGCAAGUAG